AAUUAAUAUCGUAACAAUGGCUGUCCAGUGCCGAUUGUGUGCUUUGUUUUUCUGCAAAUUGAAUCCCAUGAUAAUAUUCGACCGCGGACUUCUCGCCAAGAUCAAAGAUCUGACCGGAAUAUGGUUACGCGAUGAGGAGCACCUGCCACGUCACAUUUGUCCCUCAUGUGUGAAUGAGCUAAAUAUUUUCACUGAUUUGCGGCAGAGCAUUCAACGGAACCACAAUAGACUUAAGAUGAAAAAAGAAACUAUAAGUGCUCAAGAUCUGGAGUCUCAAAUGUCAAGUACGGAUUCAGAAGAGGAUUGGAACCUGGGAGAAUCAGAGGAAUCCUAUGACAUUCCAAAAGUUGACAAUCCAAAAAGUAAACAAGACUUCAAAGAACGGAAACUAUCUAGCUUGGAAGAACCAGCAUCUGUAGAUCUCGACGAUAUCUACAAUAGUAAUUAUGAUUCAGAGCCAGAGAAAUAUAAUGAUGAUUGGUCCAAUUUGAAUAGUGUAGAUGACCCAGAUCCACUUAAAGCAGAAGAUCACAUAGAAGCUUCAUCCUACAAACAGAAACUUUUUGAUCAGGAUUCUGAUGCACAUGCAGAGAACAUGUUUUCCCCUAAAAAAUCUAAAGUAUCCAAAUCUAAAAGUGAUGCAAAAUCUCUCAGUGACCACUUCGAUUUGCCCAGAAAUAUGUGUGAGUGCUGUCUACUAAGCCUAAAAAGUGCGAUAGCCUUCCGAGAACUCUGCAUUAAGACCAACUAUAAACUAACAAGAAAUCGAAAAUUGUUGAAAACUGAAGAUGAGAAGGAUUCAAAUGAUCCCCUAAAGGAGAGACCCAAGGUGGAGAAAAUAGAGAAGGAUGCGGAAGACGAGGAGGUAGACUUAUGCAAAGAGGAAUCCGAUUAUGAGGAAGAGGAAUUCAUUGAAGAACUGGAGGACUACUAUGAAGAGUGCACUGAAGAGCAGGAGGAGUUAAUGGAUCUCGAUGAGGAAAUUCAGGAAGAUGAAGAGGAGAUACAAGAAGAUGAGGAAAAGUUAGAGGACGAUGAGGAGGAGGCGGAGGUAGACGAAGAUGAGGACUGGACACAGGGAGAUGAGGAUGAGGACUCUGAAACCAAUGACGGAAGUAUCAAUGAUUCAAGACCCAAAGCAGCAAUCGGAAAAGACCAACCCAAAGGAAAUUCCCCAAACUCCUCGAAAAAUUCCAAAAAAGAAGAGGACCCCCUUCCCGUGGAACAGAAGAAGAAACGAAAGAGAUACAAGAGCACUAAAACCUAUGUUUGUGAUCACUGCGGCAGGGAAUUCAAUGACAAGGGCAAUCUCAAUUUGCACGUUCUGCGCCACACUGGCGUCCGUCCAUUCGAAUGUCCGGAAUGCGGACAAAAGGAGUUCAAUAAGUACAUCUUGAACAUUCACAUCCGCGUGAAACAUCGCGGAGAGAAGCCCUACGCCUGCAAAUUUUGCGAUGAGAAGUUCGAGACCAGCAUUAAGCGAACGCGCCACUCAAGGAGGACGCACGAAAAGCAUCAGAUAAAGCCAAAACCCUAUAAGUGCUCGGCCUGCGACAAGCGGUUCGAAUUGCCUUCUCUACUGACGAAGCACGAGCAAGUUCACUCCGGAGAACGUAAAUUUUCGUGUGAAUUAUGCCACAAGUCCUUCACCCGCAGCGGCAACCUGAAGACCCACUUCAAAUCAAUGCAGCACAAAAAUAAUGUGUUGGAAUCGAAGAAAAAACCCAAGCCAAAGCGACAAAUAAUAAUAAUUAAUAACCCUAAAUUGGUUGUAUAGUUUUAAGUUUAUCAUUCACCCGGCUUCGCGUGCGCAGCAUUUCCCAUUCACCAAAAAGGUCAACAUUAUUUUGUAAACAAAACCACAGCUGCUAGAAUACAAUUUUUCAACCAAAUUAAAGAUAAUUAAAUAAAAAAUAAGUUUGUAAGAUGUCGAUGAAGUGUCGCAUUUGCGGUUUGUUGGCGGAUUUCGGCAGGAAGCUAUUUGAUAUUGACGGCGAG